AUAAGAAUAGUUCUUGAAAUAUAGAUAACCAUGUACUUCAAGUGUAUCGCUCUGGUGUCAAUCUUGGCCGCAGUUGUCGUAACUGGACGACGAAUCGUUGGAGGUUCAUUUGCCGAAAAGAACCAGUUCCCCCACCAGAUUGCGUUGUUCUACGAUGGUAAAUUCCGUUGUGGAGGUUCUAUCAUCGAUUCACAAUGGAUUCUGACUGCGGCCCACUGCGUGUUGGAUGGAAAUACCAAACUAAAUCCAAGCCUGUUCGAAGUCUAUGCUGGAUCCAUUGACUUGAACGCGGGAGGCAAGUAUUUCGACGUCGAGGAUACUUUCGCCCAUGAGUCCUAUGGAUCUUUCAUGAACGAUAUCGCAUUAAUGAAGCUGAAAACGAAUAUCACUUUCGACAGCACCAUGCGCGCUAUUGAACUUAAUCACGAGGAACUGAUCGAUUCGUCUGAGGUCAUUAUUUCCGGGUUUGGACGUAUCAAGAAUGGUGGACCGACCUCGGACCUGCUCAAGUACACGACGAUGACGGUGGAAUCAGAAAAAACUUGUCAACGCGCUACAGGAAUGUUUUUUUCGGGAAUUAUAUGUUUUAACAGCGAUCUGCCCGAUGGUGCCUGCAAUGGGGACUCCGGUGGUCCAGCCAUCCAAAAUGGAAAGGUCGUUGGAGUAGCUAACUUUGUGCUGGGUGGUUGUGCCACUUCGGCACCCGAUGGUUAUGCUAAGGUUGCCCACUUUGUGGAUUGGAUUCAAACAACUAUCUCUAGCAAUAAAUAAGUUUAAGAAAAAAAGAAUUGUACAUAAAGAUAAAUUCUUUGCUUAUGUAAGAAGCUUACUUUAUCUUUACAGCAUGUUUAAA